GUGUAGUCCACGUGGCUAAUUAACAACCGUUUUACUCUAAUUAACGCACGUUACAAGGAAACAAACAAAAAAGCGAUCGUCUGGUUGCCAACUACUACAAAGCUUCAGGCCUGCAGUUUUGUAGUCAACCUAGUCGUCUGAUAUACAGGGAUAGUUGUUGAGAGAUCUCUACACUCGAGAUGGAGAAGCUGGGAGGCGUGCCCGGGGCGGGCGGUGCCGCCGGCAGGGAAGACGAGCUGGAAAGCCUUGGCUUGGGACUGUUUGACGUGGACGUGGAUCUUGCCGAGUGCUUCGAGAACUGUCCCGAGUGGAACGAUCCACUGUUUGACACUAGUGUAUUGGACGACCUGAGAGACUGUCUGUCUGACGACCUUUGGUCAUCACCUGACCUCCAGCUACUUACAGAGGGAGAUGGUGGAGCUCAGACUGAAAGCCAAGCUCAGGCUGGCCCCGGUUUCAUUGCCACCUCACCUCUCUCCCCUGAGAGUGCCCUCAGUCCUACACCCUCUGUGGCCUCCUCCACCCUCUCCUUCUCUUCCUCUGACAUCCCCUACUCCUCAGAAGAUAAGAUAGGAGGAGGAGCUGUGUAUACUGUAUAUACCAACUUUGUGCAUUGUUUGAACAGUCCUUUGUUUACUGGUGUUGCUCUGACCGGAGUCACUGGUGCCGCUGCUGCUCAGAAUGGAAUAGUGCCCACGCAGACCCCUGCAGUUAUGGAUGGGCAACAGCAGGCCACAGGUUGGAACGUGCCACAGGCAGCUACAAGUCCUGCAGCGGUGCAGGUACUGAAGAGUGGAGAGGUGGUUCAUAUGAUGAAGGUAUCUCCUCAGCCAAUGCAACAGAGUGCAGGUGUACUGUGGAGCCCGCCUCCUGACCUGACUCCUCCUCCUUCUGUCGGAUCGCCACCACCAGCUCAGUCCAACACUGGCCUGCCUCCUGUGGCUGGGGGUGCCACCACCGCAGCCUCCACCUCUGUUACUCCUGGUGCUGGAGCCAGUGGUGGAGUCUCUAGGAAGAGGCAGCACCCUGACUCUGCGGCCGCUGACCGUCAUACCCUCGAGUCUCUGGAGAAGAAACUGCAGGAGCUGAGGAGGCUGUACACUGCCAUGCCUUGUCCACCACUGCCACCUGUACCUUCAGUCUGUAGCUGCCCUGCUAUCAAUGACACCAGCAACUCUACUGCUCUCAGACUGUUGAGUGAGGAGAUGACCGAGUGCUUCAAGUGGUACGAGCAACACCAUCCACGAUGGCUGCAUCCCAACAGAGACACACAGACUGACACACAGACUGAUAACUCUCUUGCUGUUGUAGUGAACUCCAAUACUGCAAGUCUGCUAAGAAGCAGUGGAGACUAUCAGAUAACAGAGCUUCGCGACAUGCCAAUACUCUACAAGUCCUUCAAGAAGUUCUUCACCAGGAAACUAGACACUUUUUACCUUAUUUCUUUCAAGGACCAUUUGUUGAUGAAUCGCUCCACUGCACAAUGCCACAGAACCUCCCAUCCUCUCAGUCAUCGUCCCCACGCAAGGUUUCUCCCACGAAGACACGUUUCCCAUGCUGCAGAUGGACUUCUCUCCACGGACGGGAAAUGCUUCCCUUGUACCAACCGCCGUCAAAGUACGCAGGGGCGCUUUUUGGGUCAAGUAGGAAUUGUUCUGAAUACGAGCGACCACGAAGACCUCAUCAACACUGCUCUACCUGACUACAACCCUACCGCCUGUCUGUUGGAGAGUGACUCUGAGGAAGAUGAGACUGAGGAAGAGAGUAGUGCGCAGGAGGACGAGGCUGCAGUAGAUGCUUCAGGCAUUCCUGGAUGGGACAGGGUGGACGACCUGGCAAAGGCUCUGGCCGAGCUGGGCAGGAUGGCCUAG